AUGUCGGAUUCGUCGAGCCAUCGCCCGCUCACGGGCUCGUCGCGCUCCAGCGCGUCGAAAGAUACCGUGUAUACCAUCGGUAUGGCCUUGACCAUUGUGUCCUGCGUGUUUUUCUUACUUUCUUUCCUGAGUUCGCUGGCGGGCCUGGUGCGUGAUGCGCCUCCGCCCACGUCGGCGUCUUUCGCGGGCAGCCGCUACUACGGCCGCUGCAACCCCUACAUGAAGCCUGGAUACGUUUCGCACGAUCCGUACCCUGUGUGGAAACCGUACGAUUCGACGUGCCAGUCGACCCCCAUCCUGCCCCACUUGCUGUCUCUGCUGCCUGGCGCCAAAGUGGGGCCGGUGGCGGCGCUCCGUGCGCAGAACACGCCCAAGCAGGCUGAGGACGAGGUCAUCCGCACGGUCAAGAACCGCACUAUCCUGCUGGUCGGCGAUGCGGUGGAUCGGGCCAUGGUGCGCAACCUGUGUGCCAUGGUUGGCGAGACCCCCGUGGCGGUCGACGCGUCGCACCCUUGGGGCGCAAGCCUGAAGCAGGUCUCGGCGUACACGGGUAAGAGUGCUAACAAUGUCGUCCUGGCCGACUACUGCUUCAUUCCGCAGUACUCUACGUUGGUCACGUCGUUCUACCACUAUGGCGCCGACACGGACGAGCUCUGGCGUGCCCAGCCGUCGUACUUCCCUCCGGGUUCAUUCGAAAGCCGUCUCAAGAGUCUUUUGCAGCCGUACCUGUCGUCGAUGUCCUCGUCACCUGCUUACAAUGGCGUGCAAGCGUCCUCGAGCCAGCCGGACCUCGUCGUCUUCUCGUCUGGUCUGUGGGACCUGGCCGCGUGGGCUAUGGAGGACGAUAGCGAGCACCUGGAUGCCACGGGCGAUCUGUCGGACAAGCGCCUCGAGUGGUGGCGCUCGCGCAUGGUUGACAUGCUUGUGGAGCUGCGCAAAGUGAUUGGAAGCUCGGCGCCCAUUGCGUGGCGCAGCACGCACAUGUCGAUGUCUACGGCGAAGGACACGGUCGAGUCGUUCAUUGCCAGCACGAGCGCUGCUGAGCCUGUUGCGCCGACGGGUACCGGUCAUCAGUUUGCGCAUCCCCACCGCAUUGCGCAGCUGAACGAGGCGCGCAAGUCCUUCUUGCCGCUCCUGGGCCGCGACAGUGUGCGCGGGAAGCUGAGCAAGACAAUUUGGUCUCAGUCCAACGAGCCCUACCUUCGUGAUAUGCCGUUUGGCGAAGUGACGCUUGGCUUGCCGUUGCAACAAGACAGCCUCCUGACACCGGGUCUGGAGUCGUCGCGCUAUGCGGAGCAGUUUUUCGGCACGCGUCCUUUGGACCGCGAGAAGGCGGAGCAGGAGCUCGCGAUGCAUCUCCGCAAGGCCACCAGUCCCGAGGAAACUUCCCCCAAGCAGAAGCACGUCCGGAAAUGCAUUGUUUACACAUGGGACCACAAGUCAUCCCAGUCUAUCUGGACGGGUCUGCGCAGCCUGCCGAUCCUAAACGACGAGGUACAGACAUUCAAGGCGCUUAUCACCGUGCACAAAAUCCUGCAAGAAGGCCAUCCUAUCGUCUUACGCGAGGCCCAGGCCCAGGCCAACUGGUUCGAGACGUGCGCUCGCUUGAAUCGUGAAGGUCCGCGUGGGUAUGGCCAGCUGAUCGCUGCCUAUGUCUCGCUGAUCCAGUCCAAGCUGCGCUUCCACCGCGUGCACAAAGAGUUCAAUGGCCUCUUUGAGUAUGAGGAGUACAUCUCUCUCAAGAACAUCGACAACCCCGACGAAGGCUACGAGACGAUCAUCGAGCUGAUGAACUUGCAGGACCGCAUCGAUAAGCUUCAGAAGCAGGUGUUUGCCACACUCCGGGGACGUGCGAACGAGUGCCAAAUUUCGUCGCUCGUCCCUCUGGUCAAGGAGUCAUACGGCAUUUACAAGUUUUUGACCUCGAUGCUUCGUGCCAUGCACCGACGCACCGAUGCUAUGGAUGCACUCGAGCCCCUGCGCGGACGCUACCAGAAGCAGCACCACGAGCUCCGCCGCUUCUACUUUGAGUGCGCGAGCCUCAAGUACCUGACGAGCCUGAUCAAUGUGCCCAAGCUAAAUGCGGAGCCACCUAGUCUUCUGGCCCCGCCGCCCGAGGCGCCGGAGCUGCCGCCGCGCCAGGAGACGCCGCGCGAGCCCACGCCUCCGCCGGCCGGUCCCUCUCAGUCUGAGAUCGAUGAGCAGGCCCGCAUGCUCAAAGAGUUUGAGGAAAAGCAGCGGCGUCUGAAGGAAGAGGAGGCUGCCGAGGCACGCCGCAACGAGGAGCUCGCAGCCCAGCGAGAGCGCGAGUUUGCCGCACAGCAAGCGAGCCAGGCAGAGCACCAGCAUCUUCUGCAGGAGCAGCUGCUGCGCUCGCAGGAGAUGAACCAGAUUCACGGGCGUGCGGCGGAACUGGAGCGCGACCUGCUCUUUAUGCGCGGCCAGUACGAGCGCGACCAGCUCCUGCUGCAUCAGUACGAUGCGCGUGUGAAGGCGCUCGAGAUGGAGCUGGCCGGCGCAGCCCAACACAUGCAGGCGCAAAUGGGCGGCAAGGACGAGAUGCUGCAGCAGCUGCAGGAGCAGGUGGAUACGUGGCGCAAAAAGUACGAGGCGCUGGCCAAGCUGUAUUCGCAGCUGCGGACCGAGCACUUGGACCUGCUGGGCAAGUACAAGCAAGUACAGCUCAAGGCGGGCAGCGCCCAGGAAGCGAUCAACAAGAUGGAGCGUAUGGAGCGCGAUGUCAAGGCAAAGAACCUCGAAAUGUCGGAUAUGAUUCGCGAGCGCGACCGUGCGCGCCUGGAGCUGGAUCGCAUGCGCGGCGGCGAGCGCGAGGAGGUGGAGCGGCUCAAGCGGGAGCUGCGCUUUGCUGAAGAGCGCGCCGAGGAUGCCAUACAGGCACGUGGCACGGAAGUAUCGUCCAUCAUGGCGCGUAUGAAUGCGCAGAUUGCUGAGCUGGAAGAGUCACUGGCCUCGCACAAGGCGCAGCUGGAGGCCAAGGAUGCAGAGGCGCUCAUUCUUCAGGAGGGUAUGGAUGCAACGAUCCGGCAGAUGAACGACAUCCGCUUGGAUCAGGGCACGUCCGAUGAGGCCCUGAAUGCCCAAAUUGAUACCAUCAUCCUUGACAACUCCAAGAAGCUGAGUGCGAUUAUCGACUCGAUUCUACAGGCGUGUGCUGACAAGCUGGACGAUGCGCUGUACGAGCUCGAGUCACCUGCCUCGAACGGGUCGUCCACAACGACGCCCGAGUAUGUGCUGUCGCUCAUUGAGAAGACGCAGUCGUCGUCCAACGAGUUUGCGGCCGUCUUCUCCAUGCAUGUCGAGCAGCAGGCUGGUGGUGAGCAUGUGGCCGUGAUCAAGUCGGCGAACCAGAUGGCCCAAGCCGCGGCCGACUCGCUGGUGAGCUUCAAGGGCAUCUUGCGCUUCUCCCGCGACGAAGAUGCAGUCGAGCGCCUGACGCAGGUGGCGGUGGAGGCCGGCAGUGUGCUGCUGCGUGUCUUUUUGAACGUGCAGUCCUUCCGUCUCGCGGGCUUGAGCAUAGCGCAGCGCAGCAACGUGGCGAUGCAACAGAAUGCCCUGGCAAGCCAAGCGCUGGGUCGACUGUCCGAUGCUGCCCAGGGACUGAUUGCAUCCGGACAGCAGGUGGGCGCGCAGGGCAGCGACCUGGGCGAUCUGAUCGAGCGGGAGAUGAUGUCCGCUGCGAGCACGAUUGAGCAGGCGACGCUGCGGCUGCAGGCGCUGCUGGGCCGCGACAAGUCGUCGUCGCGCUACUCGACGACCGAGCUGCAAGUGCACGACGCGAUCCUCGAGGCGGCGCUGGCGAUUAUGAAAGCCAUUGGCGGCCUCAUCCGCUCGGCCACCGCGAGCCAGGAGGAGAUUGUGGCGCGGGGUCGUGGGUCGAGCACGGUGCAGCAGUUUUACAAGAAAAACAACCGCUGGACCGAGGGCCUCAUCUCUGCGGCCCGCGCAGUGGCAUUUGCCUCGACCAUGCUGAUCGAGGCAGCUGAUGGUGUGAUUAUGGGCACACACAGCCUGGAGCAGCUGAUUGUGGCAUCGAACGAAGUCAGCGCUGCCACGGUGCAGCUGGUCGCUGCCUCGCGUGUGAAGAGUGAAUUCAUGUCCGAGACGCAGGACCGCCUGGAGCGCGCGGCCAAAGCGGUGACCGAGGCGUGUCGCGCGCUCGUCAAACAGGUGCGCAUGAUCACCGACCGCCAGACGUCGUCCGAAGACAUUGACUACGCGCGUAUGGCGACGCAUGAAUUCAAGGUGCGCGAGAUGGAGCAGCAGGUCGAGGUCCUUAAGCUGGAAAAAGAGCUGGCUCAGGCUCGCCGCGUGCUGGGCGCGAUGCGCCGCGCCGGCUAUCAUGCCACCGAAGACGAAUAG